AUGGAACAACAUACCCUUCAUCAUCAACGGAUCUUCCUCUCACAUUCCCAUCCCAAUCCAAAAUGCAGGGGAUGGUAAGAGCAGUACGAUCGUGGCAAGAGACACUGAAGAUCGCUAUCUCGCAGCACUCGUGCAGGAGAGAAACGAAUCAAGUGGAGAAGCUUUUCAAAGGAUCCGACAUAGGAGCUUCAUCUUCUAUGCUGAAAGGUUUGGAGAACAUUUCAGUGGCGGAGAUCAUUUCGAGUAAGGGAGAUGGAAGUAUUGGCUCCCCUUGGCUAUCCUGUCGAGCCGAUGACACCGCCAUUGAUGCCGUGCAAAAUAUGGCUAGAAAUAAUAUUGGAUCGUUGGUGGUGCUGAAGCCUGAAGGACAACACAUUGCUGGAAUUGUAACAGAACGAGACUAUCUGAAGAAGAUAAUAGCAGAUGGAAGAUCUCCCAUAUACACAAAAGUUGGGGAAAUAAUGACUUCUGAGGACAAGCUAGUAAGCGUAACAUCCGACACGAACAUCCUUAAAGCAAUGCAGCUAAUGACAGAGAAUCGCAUACGACACGUUCCUGUGAUAGAUGGCAAACUAGUUGGCAUGAUUUCUAUAGUAGAUGUUGUCAGAGCAGUGGUAGAGCAGCAAAAUGGGGAACUCAAACGACUGAAUGAGUAUAUAAAAGGAGAAUACUAUUGAGAAUUAUGAACAUUGAUGAACAUAUGAUUCUAUACUACUGUAAAAGCAAGCUUGCUUAUACCAUGUAAAGCAAACAAGAAAACAAAUCAAAAGAACCUAUUAUUGUUAAAGCAA